GCCUUCGACGUCAGGAGCCAUGUCCUCUGGCAAAGCAAAAGCAGCCGACGCAGUCGAUCAUAACUCCGAGCUUACGCACGAAGACGAUCCCGACAUCGACGGUUCAGCCUCCGGCUCAGAACCAGAGCUCGACGACCCGUCGGACAGCAUCCUCCCUGUUGCGUCUUCCAGCGCUACCUCCAAGAAAAAGAAGAAAAAGAAGUCAAAAGCCGCGAGGGCCCUAGCUGCACUGAAGGGCGACACCGUGCCGCAGCAGAUUGUGGAUACUGUGCUGAAGAAAGUCAAGGAAGAGCAUGGCGAAGAUACGCCUGGCGCUGAUGCGGAGACAGUCAGGCAGUUGCUAGAGCAGUUGAAGAUCAAAGACGUCAUUCAGGGAAAGAGUGGGCUUGGGGGACUGAACAAGAAAGACGCUGGUGAUCAUAAGUUCUGGGCCACGCAGCCUGUUCCUCACUAUGACGAAGCUCCCCCAGAGGACGACGGUUUUAUUGAACCCUCCAGGCCUCGGGAGGAGGUACGGCAGGAUUCGUAUCCCUUGCCGAAGGACUUCGAGUGGUCUGUCAUUGACAUCGAAGAUACAACCCAGAUCCGGGAGGUAUACGAGCUUCUCUCUGCUAAUUAUGUUGAGGACGAUGUCGCGGCUUUCCGCUUUCAGUAUACCGCUGAAUUUCUUGAAUGGGCGUUGAAACCUCCUGGCUACCACAAGGAAUGGCACAUCGGGGUCCGCGUCUCUUCAAACAAGAAGUUGGUCGCAUUUAUCUCCGGUGUGCCAAUCACACUCCGUGUCCGCGGCAACGUCUUCCAAGCAAGUGAAAUCAAUUAUCUCUGCGUUCACAAAAAGCUGCGAUCGAAGCGACUCGCCCCGGUGUUGAUCAAGGAAGUCACCCGGCAGUGUCAUCUGAAAGGUAUCUUCCAGGCCAUCUACACCGCGGGAAUUGUGCUCCCUACUCCCGUCUCAACGUGCCGGUACUUCCAUCGUUCUUUGAACGUUCCCAAGCUCGUCGACGUCAAAUUCACUUAUGUCCCUCGGAGCAUGACACUUGCGCGUAUGAUUCGUCAAUUCAAGUUGCCAUCCUCACCGCACCUCUCGCGCUCAGGCCUCCGCGAGAUGGAGGAGCGCGACGUUGUGAAAGUUGCGGAUCUCUUCACGAAAUAUAUGAAGCGGUUCGACAUGGUCCCAGAGAUGACACAUGAUGAAGUGCGCCACCAGUUCCUGAGUGGAAGAGGAAAGGGGGAGAAGGAUCCUGCGACGCGCCGGAGAGAGGGACAGGUCAUCUGGACAUAUGUCGUCGAGAACCCCGAGACGCACAAGAUCACGGAUUUUUUCUCAUUCUAUACACUCCCGUCGACGAUCAUGAAUCACCAGAAGCACCACCUUCUGGAAGCGGCGUACCUGUUCUACUACGCCACGGACGUCGCGUUUCAGGAGGAUGCGGAUGCUAACGGUCUUUUGAAGCGGCGGUUGCGUGACCUCAUCGGUGACGCGAUCAUCGUCGCAGACCAGGCCAAAUUUGACGUGUUCAAUGCGUUGACGCUGAUGGAUAGCGCGUACUACCUGCAGGAUCUCAAGUUCGGGUCCGGCGACGGUCUGCUCAACUUCUACUUGUACAACUGGAGGACAAAACCCCUAGCGGGUGUCACCGGUACCGCAGACAAGGAGGCAGGAAGGGGGGUCGGCGUAGUCAUGUUGUAAUGUAAAAAAGAACCUACAGACAGUAUGCAUCAAAGACAACUUGCAAUCCUUUCUUUGUUACCCAGGCAAUAGUUUACAGUCACAAUAACUAUCGUUGCUUGCAAAG